CUCUUCUACAGGGACCGUAUAACCGUAAUACAAUAAUACAUGAUUGUCGUCACAGUAAAGAACUGGGCCCAUUGGAAAUUCGGGAUAAAGAUAUUUUUUUCUCAACCAACAGGGAAUAACCGACAUCUCAUCUCCGAAGAAAAUCAAUCCGGAAAGGAGAAUUUCGCAGCCACCGAAAAUACGAAACCCGUGUACGAGUUUGACAACGAUCGUGAUCAUGAAUUCUCGAAGAAUCAACGUGACUACGUCGCACAGGCUCCCCUUCAGACGGAUCGUGCAUCCGAACCACCAUCAGCCAGCUCAAAAGCCGUGACUCGUCUCGACCAUCGCCAUCACGAACAGUCUCAUCGUCAAAUCAACGAGAAACUACGACACGAACCUCCGAAAAACUCGGCCGCUUCGUUUUCGACCCUCGAUUGGUUCCUGACCGACGUUGGCUAUAACAGCCAACUCCAUCCACCACCCAAUCCCAUUUUAUCACUCAUUUUGUCUCAUUAUGGACGUUACCUUUCUGGCAACCAUCGUCCCAAAAUUUACUCCUACAUGGCCGUCAACAACAUCCACAAUAAUAAACCAUUUGGUCAGUACAAAUUGUCCUGCGACGAAGGGCCUGACUCUCAACUCGUCAAGUGAAUUUAUCAUUUUUCACUCAUCGUCAUUCCAUUUGUGUCAUUGGGAAUUACUGAAUUUCUGUUUAAUGACUUUUCCUGAUUAACCAGUUCGUUUUUCUUCAAAUAACGAAUUCGACUGUUGGUUGACUUAUUGAAUUUUCAGUUGUUUACUUUUCGAAUAAGUUUCAUUCUGAAAUUGAGCAAAUUUCGAAACAUCUGACCGACUAAAUUGCAGGCGAGUUUUAUUAAUUAUUUCUCAUCCGAAAGACUUUAUUCACAGUUUUGAUACCAAUUUAUAUGAGAGAACGUUGAAAUUUUUGUAUGCAAAUAUCAUUCAUAGAUUUUAA